UUCCUUCCUCUCUGGGAAGGCUAAAAGUCUGGCAGGAGAAAGUACCAGCAGCAACUGUUCAGCAGCCUUCUCUGGAAGAUGCAGCUCCUCCUCAUCCUGGUGGCCUUUCUCCUACCCCCUGGGGCUGAAGCAGAGGAGAUCAUUGGAGGCCGUGAAGCCAGGCCCCACUCCCACCCCUACAUGGCGUAUCUUCUCAUCCAGUCACCAGGGGGAGGAACUGCUUGUGGGGGCUUCCUGGUGCGAGAAGACUUUGUGAUGACAGCAGCUCACUGCUUGGGAAGCACUAUAAGGGUCAUCCUGGGGGCGCACAACAUCAGUAGGCAGGAAAGGACCCAGCAGCGCAUAUCCGUGCUCAGAGCUAUCCCACACCCUGCCUAUAAUGACGACAACAACCUGAAUGACAUCAUGUUACUGCAGCUGGAAAAUAGAGCCAGGCGGAAUCAAUUCGUGAGGCCAGUGGCUCUGCCUCAAUCCCAGACUGAGCUCAGACCUGGGUCCCAGUGCACUGUGGCAGGCUGGGGCCUGGUGGGCCAGAACAGACCAACAGACACACUCCGGGAUGUGCAGCUGAAGGUGCAGAGGGACCAGGUGUGCAGCAAUCGAUUUAACAUCUUCCGUGGCCAAAGCGAGAUUUGUGUGGGGGACCAGAGGCAGAGGAAGAACGCCUUUGAGGGGGACUCCGGAGGCCCCCUUGUGUGUAACAGUGUGGCUCAGGGCAUUGUCUCCUAUGGAAGUAGAGUUGGAACUCCUCCAGCAGUCUUCACUAAGGUUUCCCGCUACCUUCCCUGGAUAAAUAGAACAAUGAGACGCUUUGAAACUGCAGAGAAUCAAAAGAGUCAUCACACCAUCCCACCUAUGACAGACUCUUCUCUGGGACAGAGCUGGUUGUCAGAGAUUUAAUAAAUGUCUAUGUCUAGAGUGCAAACAACUUAUUUCUCAUGUUAUUAAACAUUAUUCUGCACAAAUA